CGCCCGGAAGGAGCGCCCAAGCAGAAGGCGCCUGCGCGCAGGGCGCACCACAGGGGGAGCCGCCGCCGCCGCCGCCGCCAUGACCUCCGCCUCCACCAAGGUGGGCGAGAUCUUCUCCGCGGCCGGCGCCGCCUUCACCAAGCUGGGCGAACUGACGAUGCAGCUGCACCCAGUGGCCGACUCGUCCCCGGCCGGGGCCAAGUGGACGGACGCCGAGAUUGCUCUCCUGCGGGCCUCCGUGCAGCGCUUCGGUGACGACCUGCACCGCAUCAGCGCCCUCAUCAAGGACCGGACCGUGGCGCAACUCAAAGCGGCCGCCAAGCGCAAGGCUUACGAGGACACCGGGCUGCCCCCGCCGCCGCCCGCGCCGCCCGCCGACUCCCCGAAGAAGCCAGCCGGCCGCAAGCCGCCCGUCGCUGGCCCGCCCCCGCCCGGCCCCUCCUCCGCGCCCCUGCCGGCGGACGCGCCCGCGCCCAAGAAGCCCAAGGCGGCCGGGGAGGGCCGGGCGGCGGUGGCGGCGGCGGACGUGACCCUGAGCGCCCUGAACGACGCGGACGCGCACCGGGACCUGGGCGACGCCGAGAGUCUGGGCGACGCGCCCCCGCCGGCCAAGAAGCUCAACUUCGACCAGGACAGCCUGAAUUUGGACCCCGGAUUCCUCAUGGCGCCCAGCAGCACAGACCUGCCGCUCCUCUCCCGCUGAGCCUCCCCACCGUCCUUCGCGGCGCCCUGGCGGCCUCCCCUUCCCCCUCCCGCUCCACCUGCCCACCUUGGACAGGGCUUGGGGCAGGGGCGCCCCGGGUGGCCAGGGCUGCUCUGUGCCUCCUCUCGUUCUUGUUCUCGAGCCAAAUAAAGGCUGCCUCUCUG